GUUGCCGACUUCACUGUCUUUCGCGUGAACGCCCUUGUCUCUUGUCUGACUGUCUUAACACAAGUGCAGUGAGACACGAGGCUCGUUUGAAGUGAAUCAUUUAUGGCAGUCAGACAGCUGGCAAAAUAAUUAUCAAUAUGGGGGAGGAUGUUAUUGAUUACAACAUAGUAUUUCCAGAGGCACUGAUCUCAGAAAAACAUUGGCGCGGAUCAAAGGAACCAGUGGUAAUUCUUUUAGGUUGGGCUGGAUGCAGAGACAAACAUCUGUCAAAAUACAGCUCAAUUUAUAAUGAACAGGGAUGUGUGACUGUGCGCUGCACGGCUCCAUUGAAAACCGUUUUUUUUUCAGAAUCAUUCGGAUACAAGGAACUCCGAAGCACUGCUCACAAAUUACUUGAACUUCUUUAUGACUACGAGGUUGAGAACAACCCAAUUUUUUUCCAUGUGUUCAGCAAUGGUGGCUUCAUGCUGUAUCGCUACAUGGUUGAGUUAUUGCACAGUCACAAGCAGUUUAGCACUCUGUGUGUGAUGGGCACAAUUGUGGACAGCGCUCCAGGCAGUCAAAACGUUAUAGGUGCCCUCAGAGCUCUCAAAACCACCUUGAGGUCUAAAGUCAAUGUGCUGUUGCAGUACCUCCUCCUGGCACUGUUUGCUAUUAUGGUUGUCCUUCUCAGGAUUGUCCUGUAUCCUAUGACCAAGUACUUUCAUAAGAACCACUAUGAUGCCAUGAUGGAGCAUCCAGCCCCUUGGCCUCAGAUGUAUCUCUAUUCGAGAGCUGAUAGGGUGAUCAGAUACAAAGAUGUGGAGAAGAUGGUUAAGGCAUUGCAGAAGAAAGGGCUGAUGGUUGAAAGCUUUGAUUUCAUCACCCCUGCCCAUGUGAGUCUUUACAGAGACUGCCCAGAGGACUAUUCCAACAGGUGCAGGACAUUUCUGACCCACUGCAUGAUGUCUUCAGAGGAGACAUUGAUGACAAAGCGCCUCCAUGUGCACCACUGAUUAUACAGCUCUUGAUCUGCCUUUGAAAAGUGUAGGUUGUAAAUAUACACACUGUAAAUGUACUCGUGCAUAAACCUUCUUAUUUGUGAAAUGAAAUAAAGCACUGCUGUUUAAGAAAUGUAACAAACUGAUUAAACCCUAAAUGAAGUUUUAAUGGGGUGUCAUUUGUACCCUAAUCUCUUCUGUAUUUGUCUUAUGCUGUGAAUUAAGUGGUAAUUUAGGGGUUAUGGAUUUGUCACAUUAUUGACAUUUUUAGACAUUGUGAAGGAGUAAAGAUGUGUAUUUAAACAUUGUGAAUGAAUAAAUUUAUGUAUUUGACUAAUGUGCCUUCCUUAA